AUGUCCAAGGUCUUUGCGACCAGCGACGUUGCGUCGCACAACAAGCCCGACGACCUGUACAUUAUUGUCGAUGGCGACGUCUACGACCUGACCAAGUUCCAGGACGACCAUCCCGGCGGCAAAAAGAUCCUCCAGCGCGUGGCCGGCAAGGACGCGUCCAAGCAGUUUUGGAAAUACCACAACGAGGGCAUCCUCAAAAAGUACCAGGCCAAGCUCCAGGUCGGCUCGCUCGACUCCAAGCCCAAGCCCAAGCCCAAGGCCGAGCACAGCCCCGCGCCCGCCAAGGCUCCCGCCGCCCCCAAGAAGCAGGCGACGUCGAGCCACGACGACGACUCGGAGCCCCUCGAGCCCUUUGGCCACCAGAUUCCCUUUGCCGACCCUGCCUGGUACCAGAGCUACCACUCUCCCUACUUUGAUGAGACGCACGCUGCCCUGCGCGCCGAGGUGCGCGAGUGGGUGGAAACCGAAAUCGAGCCCAAUGUGACCGAGUGGGACGAGGCCAAGCGCGUGCCCGAGGAAAUCUACAAGGAAAUGGGCCGCCGCGGAUACCUGGCCGGCCUGCUGGGCAUCAAGUUCCCGACCCAGUACGCGGCCGCCGUCAAGUCGGUGCCGCCCGAGAAGUGGGAUCUGUUCCACGAGAUGCUGCUGACGGACGAGCUGUCGCGCACCGGCUCGGGCGGCUUCGUCUGGAACAUCAUUGGCGGCUUCGGCAUCGGCUGCCCGCCCGUCAUGAAGUUUGGCAGCCAGGCCCUCAAGGACCGCAUCAUGCCGGGCAUCCUCAGCGGCGACAAGCGCAUCUGCCUGGCCAUUACCGAGCCCGACGCCGGCAGCGACGUGGCCAACCUGACGUGCGAGGCGCGCCUGAGCGACGACGGCAAGCACUUCAUCGUCAACGGCGAGAAGAAGUGGAUCACAAACGGCAUCUGGUGCGACUACUUCACCACGGCCGUGCGCACCGGCGGGCCCGGCAUGAACGGCGUCAGCCUGCUCCUCAUUGAGCGCGGCGAGGGCGUCAGCACCCGUCGCAUGGACUGCCAGGGCGUGUGGUCGUCGGGCACCACGUACAUUACCUUUGAGGAUGUCAAGGUGCCCGUGGAUAAUCUGCUGGGCAAGAAGAACCAGGGCUUCCGAGUCAUCAUGACAAACUUCAACCACGAGCGCAUGGGCAUCAUCAUCCAGUCGCUCCGCUUCUCGCGCGUCUGCUACGAAGAGUCGGUCAAGUACGCCAACAAGCGGCGCACCUUUGACAAGAAGCUCAUCGAGCACCCCGUUAUCCGCAUGAAGCUGGCGCACAUGGCGCGGCAGAUUGAGGCGUCGUACAACUGGCUCGAGAACCUGGUGUACCAGUGCAAGAAGAUGGGCGAGACCGAGGCCAUGCUGCGACUGGGCGGACCCAUUGCCAGCCUCAAGGCGCAGUCGACGUUGACGUUUGAGUUCUGCGCGCGCGAGGCCAGCCAGAUCUUUGGCGGGCUGAGCUACUCGCGCGGCGGCCAGGGCGGCAAGGUGGAGAGGCUGUACCGCGACGUCAGGGCGUACGCCAUCCCCGGCGGCAGCGAGGAGAUUAUGCUGGACCUGAGCAUGAGGCAGAGCCUGAGGGUGGCCAAGGCCAUGGGCAUGAAGCUAUAG